UCAAAGUAAUUUGUAAAAAUUCUCGCUUCAUUUCACUCAAAAAUAAAAAAAAUUGUAAUCUCUUGGCAAGAUGGGAGUCGUGGUGCAAUUCGUCGCCGGCCUGAUCGCAGCCCUGGGCGCCUUCUGUCUGGGCUGUGUGAUCGGAUGGUCGGGACCCGUGGAACUGGAGGUUAAGGCGGGAAAGGCGUACAACUUCACACCGAACACCGUCGAAUGGGGUCUCACCGGAUCACUGAUGACUCUGGGCGGCGCCUUCUCCUGCAUACCGGUGGGUGUGCUCAUCUCGAAGAUCGGCCGCAAGAUCACCAUGUUGGGCCUGGUCAUUCCCUUCAUGCUCGGAUGGGCGUGCAUCAUCUAUCCGUUGCACAUCGCCAUGCUGCUCAUUGGACGAUUUGUUGUUGGAUUCUGUGGUGGAUCGUUUUGUGUGGCCGCUCCCGUCUACAAUACGGAGAUAGCUGAGCUGCGAUUCCGCGGGAUACAGGGCUGCUUCUUCCAGCUGAUGGUCGUCCAUGGGAUCCUGUACGCCUUUGUGGCCGGAGCCUUCUGCAAGGUUAUGCUCUUCAAUAUUGCGUGCGCCGUAUGGCCCAUCAUCUUCUUUGUACUGUUCUUCUUCAUGCCGGAGUCGCCAGUGUAUCUCCAGCAGAAGGGUAAGUCCGAGCAGGCCGAAAAGUCACUGAAAUACCUGCGCGGCAAGGAUGCGGAUGUUAGCGGCGAGAUGAAGGAAAUAGCCGCCGAGAGCAACAAGGAUAAGGAGCCCAUUGGCAAGGCUAUGUGCCGGAAGGCCACCAAGAAGGGCCUCUUCAUCUCGAUUAUGUUGAUGCUGUUCCAGCAGAUGACCGGCAUCAAUGCCAUCAUGUUCUAUUCGACGUCCAUCUUUGAGGCGGCAGGAUCCACCCUCGAGCCGCGCUUCGCUACCAUCGUGAUCGGUGUGGUCCAGGUGUUUGCCACCGUCACAGCCAUAUUCCUAAUCGAAAGAGUCGGCAGAAAGAUCCUGCUCCUGGUAUCCGCCUUCAUGAUGGGCCUCAGCACCCUGACCAUGUGCUUGUACUUCGGCAUGCUGAUGGACAAGAAGAUCGGCUGGCUGGCCCUAGUCGCCUUGUGCCUGUUCAUCAUUGGCUUCUCCCUGGGCUUCGGACCGAUUCCCUGGGCGGUCAAUGCGGAGCUCUUCGCCGAGGACGCCAAGACCUUGGCCGGCGGCAUAGCCGGUACCUGCAACUGGGUGUUUGCCUUCUGUGUCACCUUGCUGUUUCCCAUCCUGAAUGAAAAGUUGGGGGCUUGUCCCUGUUUUGGAAUCUUUGCCGGAUUCGCAGUGGCCGCAAUUGUAUUUAUACUUUUCCUGGUGCCGGAAACCAAGGGCAAGACGCUCAACGAGAUCCAGGCCAAGUUGGGCGGGGAAUAAGGAGUGACUUUAAUUGAUAAGGACCAAGGAUCAAGGAUUAAGGAUGAGUUGAUCGAAUAACUACGAAUAACUAAUCGAUCCUGGAUUGUUUUGAUCGUUUUUUGGAAUUAUUACCAUGUCGGACAAAGACUUGACAACAAAUUUUAAGUUUCAAAAUUAUAUAAACGUGUAAAGCA